CUUCUUCUUAAAGAUAGAAAAGAUUAAAAAAUGGUUGCAAUGAGAUGCUACUGGUUGCUUUCUUUUGAGAGAGAUUUGCUAUAAAAAUAAGAGAGAAAGAAACUUGAAAGGGAUUUUUAAUUUUAGGGUAAAAUUGAACUCGUCAAAGUGUUACCCCUGACCCCGAUUGCCACAUCUAUUCCAUUUUUUGGGACCUUUUAGAAAAGAGAUUUGCUGCCAUGGCUUCUUCUAAGAAAUGGACUACCCUCGUUUGCUCCAUCGCUUUUUCAAUAUAUUUCUUUAUCAUCAUUUUUCAAGUUCCCAUUUUCAGUAUUCCAUGUAGAAUUGGAAUGUGUAAAACACCAUUAGAAGUGACAUCUUCUCAGUUAAUUGCAAGUGAGGUCUUCCCUCUUUUUAUAGUGAAGACUCUUCUCUACCCUGGAGCUCUAGCGAAAGCAAUUUGCAAGCAGAAAACUCUCCCAAGCUAUGGAAAUCUGCUAAAGUUGUACCAGUUCAAUAAAAGGGCGGUCUCUGCUUCAACAGAUCUCCAACGCCUAGAGGUUCUGGCAGGAAGCUACUUGUCUGUGGGAGGAGCAAUCACAGGUGUGAUAAGACCAGGGAGAAUGAGCUUUUUUGGAAUCAUUCUUCUUAUGUGGGGUCUAAUUAGAGAGUCCAUUAUGGGAAAAUCUGCUUUCACUUAUGCAAAAGGUAUCCAUAUCUAUCCCGCCAUGUAUGUAGCGCUAAUCUCAGCAUUCUUCUCUAUUAGAAAGGAUGUUAGAAAGAUAAUUCGUAGCUUCACUCGAAAGCACGUUGUGAAGGUAAAACGUUUCAAAUCAAAGGUAAAAUGAGACUGGCAAUGGCAUGCAUGCAUCCAUGGCAUAACUAGCUGGGAUGCUUGAAUUUGACAGGUAAGUAACACUUUACUUACCGUUCAAGGCAAUUACAAACGCAAGAAUUAAGAUUUCUUAAUCAUAGGCUUGCUAGUGGAGAACAUGCAACAUGGAUUUUAUGUUUGUUCAUGAGUGAGAAUGACUUGUAGACAUCGUCAAACUCAUUCAUUGUUGCUGUUCUGAAUAGGGGUUAUACAAAAUUCUUUAGGAAGUGCAUAAUGCAACUUAUUGCCCACUUUUAGUUAUUUCAUUGCAUUAAUUAAAUCCAAACAAAAAGAUGGAUUUUUUUUUUUCAAAAAGAGACAUGUAUAAACAAAAUGAAUUAUAGACAUGUGUAGGCUCCUAAUUUUCUUUGUUGAGUUCAUUGAUGACGUUUUGUAUAGAAGAUUGGGAGAAUUCCUUAGAAAAUGUAUAAUGCAGCUUAACAUGGGCACUGUUGGUUCUUUGAUUGCA